AUGGGGGAUUUGACCAUGGGAGGGGAUGAUGAUGGUUCACCCCUGAAGCUGAAGAAUAAGGAGAGAAUUUCCAGGGUUACAAACUGGAAGCGGGAGAUAGGGAGCGGACAACCGAAUGGAGGGAGGUCGGAAAUCGUAGUCGAUAGAGAACGGACGGAGGUCAGAAAUCGGACGGAAAUUGCAGACGAUGAAGGCGCUAAAGAGCGGACAACCGAAGAUGAAAAUGGAGAGAGGUCGAAAAUCGUAUUCGACGGAGAACGGACAGAGAUCAUAAAUUGGACGGAAAUCGCAGACGAUGAAGGCGCUGGAGUUUGUAUAGGUAUUGGUAUAGGUGUAGGUGUGGGUGUAGGUGUGGGUGUGGGUGUGGGUGUGGGUGUAGGUGUGGGUGUAGGUGUGGGUGUAGGUGUGGGUGUAGGUGUGGGUGUGGGUGUGGGUGUGGGUGUGGGUGUGGGUGUGGGUGUGGGUGUGGGUGUGGGUGUGGGUGUGGGUGUGGGUGUGGGUGUGGGUGUGGGUGUGGGUGUGGGUGUGGGUGUGGGUGUGGGUGUGGGUGUGGGUGUGGGUGUGGGUGUGGGUGUGGGUGUGGGUGUGGGUGUGGGUGUGGGUGUGGGUGUGGGUGUGGGUGUGGGUGUGGGUGUGGGUGUAGGUGUGGGUGUAGGUGUAGGUGUAGGUGUAGGUGUAGGUGUAGGUGUAGGUGUAGGUGUAGGUGUAGGUGUAGGUGUAGGUGUAGGUGUAGGUGUAGGUGUAGGUGUAGGUGUAGGUGUAGGUGUAGGUGUAGGUGUAGGUGUAGGUGUAGGUGUAGGUGUGUAUGUAUAG